UCCCGGACCAGUCCGCGGAGCUCGCGCCGGGCAGGCGCCGCGAUGUCCGGCCGUUGGUUUCUGCUUGCCAUUGUUUUGACCCUGACCCUGACCGGUGUCCCCGGCGGCCGUGCACAGCCGGAGGUGGCCCAGCAGGAGGCGGCUAUGGCCGCCGAGCAACUGGGCCUGGACGACCUCCUGCGGCAGGCGGAGCCCCUCCUCCUCCUCCGGGAAGACCUCCAGCGACUCCGAGAGGACCAGGAAGAUAGCGAAUCAGAAGCUCAGAAACUCCCACUGGCCACACCCUCGGCAGGUGAGUCCCAGAUCUUUCAACCGUAUUGGCUCUCCAAGCGUCAGCAUCCAGGCAAAAGGGAGGAGGAGUCAGAAGAGGGAGUGGAAGAGGAAGAGGAAGGAGGGGCCGUGGGACCCCACAAACGGCAGCACACUGGCCGGCAGGAGGAGGUGGCUGCAUGGCCAGAGGAUAUAAGCCAGCAGAAGCGGCAGCACCCUGGCCGGCGCUCCUCCUGGCUUGGGUACACUUUCAUCAAGAGGCAGCACCCAGGCAGACGGCAGGCAGAUCCCCAGGCCCAAAGCAGCUGGGAAGAGGAGGAGGAGGAGGGAGAGCUGAUGCCGGAGAAACGCCAGCAUCCAGGAAAGAGGGCCCUGGGAAGCCCAUGUGGGCCCUGGGGAUCCUGUGGUCAAGCCAGCCUCCUGCUGGGCCUCCUGGAUGACCUGAGCAGGGGCCAGGGGGAUGAAGAGAAGCGGCAGCACCCUGGGCGGCGAGCGGCCUAG